UGUAAACCGGAAGAAGUGGAGACACGGAGCAGCAGAAGAAGAAGAAACGGAAGCGGUGUGUGCGGAGCGGCGGGUUGUUUGUUAGCGGACAACAGACUCCAUCAUGGACAUUCGACCCAACCACACUGUCUAUAUCAACAACAUCAAUGACAAAGUCAAGAAGGAGGAGCUGAAGCGCUCGCUCUACGCGCUCUUCUCACAGUUCGGGCAGAUUGUCGACAUUGUGGCCAUGAAGACGAUGAAGAUGAGGGGGCAGGCCUUCGUCGUCUUCAAGGAGCUCACCGCUGCCACCAACGCUCUGAGGCAGCUGCAGGGUUUCCCCUUCUACAACAAACCCAUGAGAAUACAGUAUGCUAAGACGGACUCUGAGGUCAUCGCCAAGGUCAAAGGUACAUACGGAGACAAGGAGAAGAAGAAGGAGAAGAAGAAGAAAGCUCAGGAGCUCGCAGCUAACGUCCCGAAGAAGCCCGCAGCGGGCUUAGCUGCUUCGAUGCUCUCACCUGUGGUCCAGGUUCCAGAUAAUCCUCCAAACUACAUCCUGUUCCUCAGUAACCUUCCAGAGGAAACCAAUGAGAUGAUGCUGUCCAUGCUCUUCAACCAGUUUCCGGGAUUCAAAGAGGUGCGUUUGGUUCCGGGUAAGCACGACAUCGCCUUUGUGGAGUUUGAGGGCGAGACCCAGGCGGGCGUGGCCAAAGACGCCCUGCAGGGCUUCAGGAUCACCGCCACCUGUGCCAUGAAGAUCACUUACGCUAAGAAGUAACUGCCUCCAGGAACCUCAAAGACUCUGAGUGAACCCCUCUGUUUUCUGUAGGGGUGUGAAUUUGAUUUGUAACAACAAAAUAGAGGUGUUUUUUUUUUUUUUUUUUUUUUCUACUGAUAUGAUUGCUUCUUUAUGUUGAUAAUAAAAUUAUAUGA